GGUACUACCCGUCGGUAGGGGGUGCUAACAGUGUUGUUUACAAAACUCCGUAACAUGGUUUAUUUAAAUAAUAGUGACAGUUUGUAUAAAAAAAAGGAGUUUCCUUGAUGCUGGUCAAAUAUAUACCGGCUGGAUAUAACCGCCUUCCCCGUGCCAUAGUACAAAUAAUUUAAAUUUUAAUACAGAGGGAAGAAAGAAAAUCAUACAACAUGUUGGGAUUUGAUAACUUAGAAAAAGCUGUUGUAAGUUUGAGCAAAAGUAUCUCUAAUUUCCCUAUUGGCGCGGUUUCGUUGAAUGAUUUCAAACCGAUCGAAGAAAGGAUUAGAGAGACACGAAAAACCUUGAAGGCCUUAAAUGCCAGGUUAUUAAUGCUUAAAGCACAAAGUGAAUUUCGAACAGCAACCGAAGAAUCAGAGGGUGAUAUAGUAGAUACGAUAACAGAAUUGAAUGAUGCUACAUCAUAUGUUUUCUUAAACAGUAUGAAAACUAAACUGUGUUUUCAUUCCUUUACUAUUCAAGAUAUCUUAGCAGGCAAACAAGGAGAUCCUGAUAUGCAAGAAAAAAUUUAUGCCUGUAUGCAUAAAAUAUUUUCCAUUAAUGAUAUUUCAUUGUCACUGCUGAAGGAUAUAGAUGAAGCAAGAAAUAAACAAUUUGAUUUAAAAGUCAAAUGUAGAUAUGUAUUAAUUAAAUAUAAAAUGUUUUUAAAGGAACAAGAGGAAAUUUGCAACAAAAAAUUACAAGAAACAAAUCCUCAUAUGGCAUUAAAUAAAGCUAAAACAAUGAAAGCUUUAAAAAAUAUAAAUGUCAUGAAGAAAUUGAUUGUAGAUUUCAUUGGUGCUGCCUAUCACAUGUUGUACGAUCAUAUAUUUUUAGUAAAAAUGCUAGAAAAACAUAGGGAAUUAAUUAAUAUUGAUACAAUUUUAACAAUGGCUGAAAAAAAUAUAGAACCCGAAAGUACAGCAAUAGAGGAUUGAAGUUAUUGUUGAUAUAUUUAAAAAGGAAAUCAUGAAAUAUAAUUACUUUGCUAUAAGAAAUGUAUAUUUAAAUCUCUACGUUAUAUUUUGUAUCUCUUAGAUUUACUGCAUUAAUUUAACUUGAAGCUCUGAAUGUAAUUCUUUUUUACAAUAACGUGUAAAGAAAAAAAGGAAAAACAAGCUUGAAUUAUGUAACCAAACAAUUGAAUUACAUAAAUCAAAAAAGAAAACAUCCAUGAUAUUCAAUAAGAACUCUUUUCUUGUUUUUCUAAGUGUGCAGACACAACACAUAUUUACAGGGAAAAAUUUCGUGCAAUCUCAAUGUCUUUUUUUUUUUUCAAUUCUAUUAAAGCGACUUUAUCAGACGGUUUUAUAUGUAUAUUAUUUGAUAAAUAACAGUUUAUAAGCCAAUGAUUAUGAGUUGAAAGAUAGAAUUUCGAUCACAGCUUACAAGUACGAUAAAAAUGUAUUAAUGCAGGGGAGAGAGGUGCACAUUCGCCGACAAGACUAAUGAAAAACUUGUUUCAAUUUCAUAAAUUAUAUUCCAUCAUUUGUGAAAUUUUUUAUGGUCCAGUACGUCUUUCAGUCCCGUGUAUUUUCAUCGUUACGAUGUAAACCGCUCUCCACCUUUCGUAUCCUUACGCUUACUGGCUUAAAUAUAGAAUCAAUCGGAAAUAGUACUCAAACAAUUUAAUUCUUAUGUACAUUAAUUUCUUAUUUCAUUUCUUUUUUUCGUCUUUAAUAUGUUGUUGGUUUUAUAAGUGGAAAGAAAACGAAUCCACUAAUAUAACAAAAAGCACGUUAAAAGUGAA